AUGGGUAUUUCUAGAGAUUCUCGUCACAAGCGUGCUGCUACUGGUGCCAAAAAAGCCCAAUUCAGAAAGAAGAGAAAGUUCGAAUUAGGUAGACAACCUGCCAACACCAAGAUCGGUGCUAAGAGAAUUCACUCUGUCAGAACUAGAGGUGGUAAUGAAAAAUUCAGAGCCUUAAGAAUCGAAACCGGUAACUUCUCAUGGGGUUCUGAAGGUGUCGCCAGAAAGACCAGACUUGCUGGUGUCGUCUACCAUCCAUCCAACAACGAAUUGGUUAGAACUAACACUUUAACCAAGGCUGCUAUUGUUCAAAUCGAUGCUACUCCAUUCAAGCAAUGGUUCGAAACUCACUACGGUAUUGCUUUAGGUAAGAAGAAGGCUACUGGUGAAGAAGAAGAAGAAACCAAGAAAUCCAGAAAGGUCGAAAGAAAAUUGGCUCAAAGAUCUGGUGCUUCUAACAUUGAAUCUGCUGUCGAACACCAAUUCAACGCUGGUAGAUUAUACGCUGCUAUUUCUUCUAGACCAGGUCAAUCUGGUAGAUGUGACGGUUACAUUUUAGAAGGUGAAGAAUUAGCCUUCUACUUAAGAAGAUUAACUGCUAAAAAAUAG